UUGAAAGUUUGAACACUCCAUCAUUCACCUCGCCACCGCGGCGUUUGCUUCUGCAUUCCGCUCACUAUCAGCGCGUAACCCCUAACUCGCAUCUGUUGACCACCCGUGCUUUCGCCGGGUUUCUGUUUGGUGGGGACUGAUAUCAACUUAAAAUACCAUCCAUCGCCGCCGGUCUAUCGGAUUUAAUUCUCAUAGAGAGAUGGACCGCCGGUUUUCGCGGAGCGGGCGGGCGAAGAACGGAGCGAGGGGAUCUUAUUACGCCGGUUCUAGGGUUGGGAGGCUGGCGUCUUCCACGACUCAGGUUUUUUCGACGGAGGAAUAUUAUCAUUCCAGGCAACAGGCAAAAUCUUCAAAGGGAGAUUUGUGUUCAACUUCAAGCGAUGGUUCUACUACCGAAGAAGAAUUAUUUUCCCAUGAGUUACAUGGAAGAUUGUGCAAGAAAGUUGAUGGGACACCAAUGAAUAAAAUAACAGAUCAAUUGGUAUCAAGAAUUGUAGAAAAUAGGCACUCCUCUCGAAGUGUUAUUGCAAAACUGAUGGGUUUCGAUGAGCUCCCUCCACCCCAGGUGGUUCAGAAGGAAAAGCGGAAUUCAAAGCCUGACAUUGCUUUCAUAGAACAGCAAUUAGUUGAAGCAAGACGUCUAUACACAAAUGAAGCACAUAAAAAAUCCAGAGAAUUCAGAGAUGCACUUGACAUGAUGGAUGCAAAUAAGGUUAUUUUUUUUGCUAAGCAUCUCAAAGACUUAAUGCAUUCAAAAUCCUCCUCCAAUGCAAAUCGCUUUAACAUUUUAGAAUCUUCAGCUGAUAUGAGUGAUACAUUUUAUAGCUCAGUGGAAGAAACCAAGGAACAUAAAGAUAAAAUGAAAGAUACCACACAUUGUUGUACAAAAUCUUGUACUAGCCUCCACAACCAUUCUACCUAUAAUCAAAUGGAUUCUCUUUUGUCCAAGUUCCCAAGAUCACCGUACAUAGGGAAACCUGAGACUUCAACACAUCCAAUUCCAACUUCUAUUGUCAUCCUGAAGCCGGGUAAUCAAAAGGUGCGGAGCACAGAAAGGACCGAGUCAUGUCCAAAAUACCUUCAAAGUUAUAGACUCAAUUGUAGGAGAGACACAAAAUUUCAUCGACAGUUCCUUGUUCAAAGAGGAGAGUGCCACCAAUUGUUUGAUAUCAAAACUAAAGGAUGCAACAUGAUUGCUGCUAAUGACAUUGCUACCAAUAUUUCGAUGCAAGUAAAACAGUCUUUAAGAAGCUAUUCUGAAGCGGUGUCUGCAAAGAUUGACAAAAAUAACUCUUCAUCAACUUAUGUGAUUGAACCAUCUCUAAGUAGGGAGUCCAUGAAGGGCCAUCAAGAGCAAUGGAAAACAACCAGGCCAUCUGGCCAGAUGCUAGUUGGUGAAGGCUCAAGUACAUCUGAUAAAGAAACUCCAAUAAAUCUUGGUAAGCUUAGUUUAAAUAGAAAGUCAGAUAAAAGGAUUAAUAAAGAACAUAUAUGUGGUUCAUGGUCUUAUCCUUCUGGUAUUAGCAGUAAUGAUGGCCGGAAAGAUCAGUGUGAUGAACUUCUCCCAGGUUUUGAAGAUCAUCCAAAUUCAUCAGCUAUUUUUGUGCCACCGAAACCUGAAAGCACAUGGCAAGUUGAUGUUGGCUACAUAAACUCAAUUGGGGAUUCUCAUAUGGUUAAAGAUGUGCUUAACGUAGAGCGGAAUGAUUUACAUAAGUCAGUCAUUGAAAGGAGACAUUCUCUGCUAAGAAAGCUCAAAUAUCAUGAUAACAGGCCACGACUCCUUAGAUCAUAUGGAGAGGAAAAUAAAAGAGCUUCAAGAGAGGUUGAAGAUUGCCAAGAUGAGUUUUGGAAUAUUAUUAAUAUAGAUAAUCUUGCUGAACCAAAGCCAAUCUAUUUGCAGAGAAAAAUGAAUGACUCAUUGCACCUAGUUUGCAAUCCUUCCAGUCCACAGAACUUGGAUUCAGAUAAAUAUUUCUUGACUAAUCUAAAGGAGUUUCAGCAAUCAGCAAAAUUUAAUGUUCUUUCAGUUAUUGCACCUGAAAAUGAAGUUCAAGAGACAGAAGUUGAUUUUAGAUCUGAUGAGGAGAGGAUUGAGCCUCAGAGACCUAUUGAGUCUGCAAACAUCAAAACAUAUGAAUCUCAUGUUGACUUGAGAUCUGACAAGGUUCAGCUACCGUCUCUUAGAAUUGCCGUCGCUCAUCAUAUUACAACAGAAGACAGCGCCAAACUCAGACUUGCAGAGUUGGAGAGUCUCGAAGGAAAACGAUUAGAAGCGCAGCAGAAUCUAGAACUUUAUCAAGCGAGGAUGGCGCACGCUCACGACAAGCUGGUCCGCCCUAGGACGUUCAAAAUUGGUGAUCUCGUACUUGUUCUCAGGAGGCCUAUUCUUGCACACCGCAAAAUAGGUGGAAAGUUUGAACCAACCUGGGAGGGACCAUUCGUCGUGGAAAAGGUCUAUUCAGGAGGAUCUUACCAGCUAGUGGACUUUCGAGGCGAAAUGCCUAUGUUGCCGGUCAAUGGGCGAUACUUGAAGACUUAUUAUGCAACUUAG